GGGUGGUAACUACAGUACGACUCAUGACUCGGAAUAACGUCGCAGUCGAUCAUGUAAGGUAGCAUUGAUAGAUCGAUAUACAACAUUGUGGGAGACGAUGCCACGUGGGUAUCAUACUUGACUGUUUACUAGGUAGUAUUUGUUUAUUUAGCUUUACCUUGUCGUAUAUAAUCAUGCCACUCCACCACCCCGACCUAUCUAUCAAUCAACACCACAAUCCCUCCCAACGAACCACCCCAAAGAAAUACACCCUUCUCAAAUAAAGAGAGAAGAACAGAAGAAAGAAAACAAGAUGACCACCCACCUCGCCUCUCUCCAACGCGACGGCUACGUCCUCAUCCCCUCCCUCCUCACCCCAGAAGAAACCGCCCACCUCCGCACCGUCGCCACAAAAAUCACCGAGCAAGCCCGCACCGGAACCUGGCCCUACUUCCGCACCGUGCCCAAGCAAUUCCCCCCCUGGCCAUCCACCCCGCCCCCGGCCUCCGAAGGCGGCAUCUGGGGCGUGCAGCACCUGCUGCACCCGGACAUGCCAGGGCGGGCCGAUUUCGCGCGGUUGUAUUUCUCGGAUAAAGUCCUCUCCGUCGUGGAGGAACUAGUGGGGCUGGAUGGCGCGAAGAAAGCAGGUCAGCAGGAAGGGGAAGGGAGGGAAAAGCUAGUCAUGGAGCUGUUUAAUCUACUGGUCGCGCCGGAGACGCGCGAUUUCGAGCUGCGGUGGCACCGCGAUGACGUCCCUGAGACGGCGACCCCUCACGAAGAACUGCGGAUGCUGGAGGCGAAGAGUCCCGGGGGGAAGCAGUCGCACGCGCAGUAUAAUCUGGCGCUGUGCGAGGACGCGUCGCUGGUGGUUGUGCCGGGGUCGCAUCGGCGGGUGCGGACGGAGGUUGAGCGGGCGGCGGGGCCGUAUGAGGCGCAUUUGCCGGGGCAGGUGGUUGUGGGGCUGAAGCCUGGGGAUGCGGUGUUUUAUGAUAGUAAUAUUUUGCAUCGCGGGGUUUAUAGGGGGAAGGGGGAGGGGGCGGAGGAGUCGCGGUUGACGUUGCAUGGGAGUGUGGGGUUGGUGGAGGGGAAUGGGGAUGAUGAUAAGGGGGGGGAUGGCAAGGUGAGGGCGACGGCUGUUUUGCAGCAUGGGGUUGGGGCGUGGAUUCAGCGGGAUGAUGCGGCGUUUGGGAUUGGGGGGCGGGCGGAGGGGAUGAGGGCGAAUUUGAUGGCUAUGGGGUCGGGGGAGGGGGUGGGGUAUUCUCUCCAGGGGUAG